GAGCAUAAUCAAGGACUUGAAAAAGAAAAAUCAGCUUUAGAAGAUUUUGCCGGCAAAUACACAAUAGAGGGAGAACCUGGAAUUACUCCUUUAGAGUUUUUUGAAAAUAAAAAAACUAUUAUUAAAAAUUUUCUUAGAAAUCAUAGAAAUACAAAAGUAAAAUUUAUCUUGGUUUGUAUUAUGGGAAAAAUGGAAGUAGGCCCGCAACAAAGAUUUGAAGUUGAAGACAGAGCAUUUUUUCAUUCAGAAACUUAUAUUAAUCUUGUAUCAACUGAUGUAAAAGUUUUACUUAAAAAAAUUAUCCGUAACAUCGCAGAUAAGAUCUAUGUCUAUCAACAGAAUGGUAGCGGGUGGUAUUUAAAAGAAGUAGAUCAACUUGAGAUUCAUACCGUUGAAUUCGAUCCUUUGAGAGGAUCUUCCUACAUUCCUCUUCCAGAUUGGAUUAUGAGGAAGAAAGCUAUUGUUAGUAUUAUGAAUAAAGAUGAUAAGUGUUUCUUGUGGUGCAUACUACGUUAUCUUCAUCCAAGAGAGAGGAAUGAUAGACGUUUAGCAGAUUUAAAGCAAUAUGUGCAUGAGAUUAAAAUUCCAAAAGGAUUCACUUUUCCAGUUAAAACCAAUGAUAUAACAAAAUUUGAAAAUGCUAAUCCAGACAUACCAGGCAUAAAUGUAUUCUCAGUUAAUUCUAGAAAAAAGUUUUAUACUUUAAGGUUAGCAUUACGUGAUCCUCAAAAUUCAAUAGAUUUAUUUCUUUAUGAGGAGAAUGGGAAAUGCCAUUAUUCACUGAUUAAAAAUUUUUCUCGGUUAUUAAGAUCGCAGAUUACAAAAAGAACAGAUGAACCAAUUCAUAUUUGUAAAAGAUGUCUCAAUGGAUUCACAAAAGAAUCAUUAUUACAAAGACAUAUUUUUUAUUGUAAGAAUAAUGGGACAGCUUAUGUUAGAAUGCCAGAUCCCGACAAAACGACUUUAAAAUUUGUAAACGAUCACAAACAAAUUCCUAUUCCUUUUGUAGCUUAUGCUGAUUUCGAGUGUUUUACUAAACCAAUGAACACUUGCAGUCCUAAUCCAGAAAAUUCUUAUAGAUAUGACUAUCAAAAACAUGAACCAUCAGGGUUUUGUAUUUUUAUUAAAGGAGUUGUUGAUAAAAAAAUAAAGCCAAUUACUUAUACUAAAAAAGAAGAAGAUGAUGAUGUAGCGAGAAUAUUUAUAGAAAAAAUUUCAGAAUUAACAAGAGCUAUUUAUUACGAUUUCUAUUGUCAGCCAAAACCUCUUAAACUUACCCAAGACCAACAAAAAUCAUUUGAUAAAGCGAAAAUUUGUCAUAUUUGCAACACGGAAUUAUUAGAGGAUAGAGUUAGGGAUCAUUGCCAUUUUACAGGUCAGUAUAGAGGUGCUGCUCACAACAAGUGUAAUCUUAAAUGUAAAAAACCAAGAAUACUACCAGUUAUAUUUCAUAAUCUUCAGGGGUAUGAUUCUCAUUUGUUUAUAAAGCAACUGGCAAGCUUACCAGGAGAAUUACGAUGCAUUCCAUCUACUGAAGAGAAAUACAUUUCCUUCUCUAAAUAUAUAAAAGUUGGUGAGUACAGAUCAAGAAAAACAGGUAAAAUGGUUUCUUUAGAUUUUGAAAUUCGUUUUAUAGAUUCAUAUAAGUUUCUUCAAACAUCUCUUGCUAAUCUUGUUAAAAAUUUACAAAAAGAUGAUUUUUAUAAUACAAAACGAGAGUUUAAGAAGAAUGUAGAUCUAAUUACUCGUAAGGGAGUUUUUCCUUAUGAUUAUGUUUCGAAUCUUAGUAAACUAACAGAAACACAGCUUCCACCAAAGGAAGAAUUUUAUUCAAAGCUAAAUGAUGAGGAUAUAAGUGAAGAAGAUUAUUAUCAUGCUAUUCGAGUAUGGGAUACUUUCAAUUGUAAAACAAUUAGAGAUUACCACGAUCUUUAUUUAAAAUCCGAUGUGCUACUUCUCGCUGACGUGUUUGAAAAUUUUAGGAAAACUUGUAUGAAACAUUACAACCUUGAUCCAGCUCAUUAUUACACAUCGCCUGGUCUUGCUUGGGAUGCUUGUCUUAAAGAAACAAAACAGGAAUUGCAACUACUUGAUGAUUACGAUAUGUUAAUGAUGUUUGAAAGGGGAAUACGUGGCGGUAUAUCCCACAUAUCAAAGAGAUACGCUGAAGCUAACAACAAAUACAUGAAAUCUUUUGAUACCCAAAAACCUUCAACGUACAUUCAAUACCUCGAUGCAAAUAACCUUUAUGGUUGGGCUAUGUCACAAAAUCUUCCAACACAUGGGUUUAAAUGGAUGAGAAAUCUUACUAAAGAUAAAGUUUACGAUAUUCUUGAAAAAAUAAACCAUAGCAUGUCAAAUCGAGGAAAAAUAGGUUAUAUAUUUGAAGUUGAUUUGGCCUAUCCUAAAAAACUAUGGGAAAAACAUAAUGACUAUCCUCUUGCUCCUGAAAAGAUGAAUGUUAAUGGGGUUGAAAAACUAAUUAGUCAUUUUAAACCAAGAAAAAAUUACGUUGUCCAUUACCGAAAUCUUAGGCAAUAUCUUGAAAUGGGAAUGAGUAUAACUGCAGUUCAUAGAGGAAUAUCAUUUCAACAAAGUCCUUGGAUGGAGCCUUACAUAAGAAAAAAUACAGAAUUGCGUAAAGCGGCAGACAACAGUUUUGAGAAAGACUUUUUCAAACUUAUGAAUAAUUCAGUUUUUGGAAAGACAAUAGAAAACAUUAGAAAAAGACAAAAUAUAAAACUGGUUGAUAAUCGUAAAACAGCUCUAAAACUUACAAAAAAGCCUAACUUUGAAAGAGCAACUAUUUUUGAUAAAAAUCUUGUUGCUCUUCAUAUGAAAAAAACAGAGAUUUAUUUUAACAAACCAGUAUACGUAGGACAAGCAAUAUUAGACUUAUCCAAAACAUUAAUGUUUGACUUUCAUUAUAACUAUAUACAACCAAAAUAUGGAAAAAAAGCUGAGUUACUUUUUACAGAUACUGAUUCCCUUAUGUACCAAAUUCAAACAGAAGAUUUCUAUAAAGAUAUAUCAGCUGAUGUGGAAACCAAGUUUGAUACAUCAGAUUAUCCAAAAGAUCAUCUAUCUGGAAUUCCAACAGGGUUAAACAAAAAAGUAAUUGGGAUGUUUAAGGAUGAAGUUGCGGGAAAGCAAAUAACACAUUUUAUAGGCCUCCGCCCAAAGCUUUACAGCUUUAAAAUAGAAGAGGGUAAAAAUGUUAAGAAGUGUAAGGGAAUAAAAAAGUCUGUGGUUUCAAAAGGAAUUACAUUUGAGCAUUAUUUUGAUUGUUUAUUCACGGGGGAUAAACAAAUGCGAAGUAUGAAAAUAAUACAAAGUAGGUACCAUGAUAUAUAUUCCAAAGAGGUGAAUAAAAUAGCUCUUAGCUGCGAAGAUGACAAAAGAUUAGUACAAAUCAACAAAGUUGAUACUAAAGCAAUAAGGCCGAAUUAA